AUGUUUCCUUCAGCCAUAAUGAAGCCUCCCAGAGUCAAGCUGCCUCUCCCCGUCAUUAUCACUUCAAUUUGUGUUCUUUUCUUCUUUCUUGUUCUCUUUGCGGAGAGACUCAGCUUUCUCCCUUCCUCUUCAUCCUCCUUCUUCAAGUUCAAAUUCUGUCCUAGGAGGAAUAACAAACUAAAAUCCAGUGAUAAGAAAACAGAGGAAGAAGGAAGAAUUGGCUCGCUGGUCGAUGACAGGUUCGACUUUGAUCCAGAGGAGUGCAAUGUUGCCAAUGGAAAAUGGGUGUUUAACCGUUCCAUAAAGCCUGUGUACACAGACAGAAGCUGUCCAUAUGUAGAUAGACAGUUUUCUUGUGUAAAGAAUGGAAGGGAAGACUCUGAUUAUCGCCACUGGGAGUGGCAGCCAGAAGAUUGUACCUUGCCUAAGUUUGAUCCAUACCUGGCACUGAAGAAAAUUAGAGGGAAGAGGCUGAUGUUUAUAGGGGACUCAUUGCAGAGAAAUCAGUGGGAAUCUUUUGUGUGCUUGGUUGAGUGGGUCAUACCUGAAAAGCGAAAGUCUAUGAAAGGAGCGCGUAUUCAUUCAGUCUUCAAAGCCAAGGAUUAUAAUGCAACAAUAGAGUUCUAUUGGGCGCCAUUCCUUGUGGAAUCCAACACUGAUAUACAUAUAAAAACUAAUCCAAAGGAGAGGAUAAUAAAAGUGGAUGAAAUCUCUGAACGUGCCAAGAACUGGACUGGAGUGGAUAUACUUGUUUUCAAUACAUACAUAUGGUGGAUGACUGGUCUCAGGGUUCAAGCACUAUGGGGUUCAUUUUCAAAUGGCGAAGAAGGGAGUGAAGAAUUCGAUACACCAGUUGCUUACAAGUUAGGUUUGAAGACAUGGGCCAACUGGGUUGACUCAAAUAUCAAUCCAAAUAAAACCCGGGUUUUCUUUACAACCAUAUCUCCUACGCAUACUAGAAGCGCAGACUGGGGAAACAAAGAUGGGGUGAAAUGUUUCAAUGAAACAAGGCCAGUGAGGAAGAAGAAGUACUGGGGAAGUGGUUCCAACAAGAAAAUGAUGAGCGUGGUGGCCAAAGUGGUGAAGAAGAUGAAAGUUCCAGUAAAUGUGAUCAAUAUAACACAAAUAUCAGAGUAUAGAAUUGAUGGUCACUCCUCAGUUUACACAGAAACUGGUGGCAAAUUGCUUACUGAUGAGCAAAAAAAAGACCCACGAAACGCAGAUUGCAUACAUUGGUGUUUGCCUGGAGUUCCAGAUACCUGGAAUCAGAUAUUUUUGGCUAUGUUAUAGCAGAAAAACAUGGGAAAAAGUGUUAAUGUGAUUUUUUUUGUUUUUUGUUUUCCUCUUGAGGCAUGAAGAUGUCAAAUUUUAUGAAGUUAUAUGUUCAUAUAUUCAUCUUUCUUGGGGCAUUUCUUUGAUAUAUAAAUUUGCACAUAUGCUUCAGAAAA